AUGGAGGCCGUCCCUCUGGUCAGAUCCAGCCUCUUGGGGACUCUGCUGCUGGUGGUGAAGCUCUCCGCACUGUUGGGUGGGGACCGGGCCCCCCUCUACAAUUUCCUGCUCCUCAAGAUCACCCGCUUUAACUGCUGGCUGUCAGGGCUGACCCAGGAGGCCCAGGGGUCCCACCCACCCGCCAAGAUCUCAGCCUGCCCCGUGGGCCGGGUUCUACAGGCUGGGCUGACACUGAUAGAAGUCCCAGUAUGGCUGGUGCAGCGGGCGCCCAGGCUGGUGUGGGCAGGCGUGCCGGGCUGUGCCCAGGCCUCGGGCCCGGCUCCGAAGCGGCUGGGUGCCUGGGAGCAGCUGGGCCUGAUGCUGUCUGCCGGGCUGCCGCUACUGCCGACCUGGAGACUGUGCCAGAAAGCCCACUGCUGCCGCCUGGGCCGGCUGCCCAGGAAGGCUCUGCUGGAGAACCGCGUGGUGCUGGGGACACUGGCGCUGCUGAAGCGUCUGCACUGGGGGGUGGAGAGCACGGCAGCACUCACCUCCUGGCACCUGGCCUACCUUGUCACCUGGACCACCUGCCUCGCCUCCCACCUGCUGCAGGCUGCCUUUGAGCACACAGCCCAGCUGGCCCAGGCCCAGAAGGCCUCGGGGCUCUUGUCUGAGUCCCCGCUCCCUGAGCCCCCGGCCCCCGAGGCUGGGCCAGUUCUGCCAGAGCCUGGAACUCCUGUAGAAUAA